AUGGAUAAUAAGAAUGAGGUAAAGGAUAAAGAAGUUAGAUGGAUUGAUGAGGAUAAAGAAACUCACGAACAACAAAAUAUCAAAAAAUCAAAGCAUCAGAAAAUUAAAAAAAAUAGACAAACUCUUUAUCAACUAUUAAAUAAUCAAAAUAAAACUGGUAGUUCUGAUAGUAAUUUUGGUAGUGUUUCUUUUGGUGAUGGAAAUAGUUCUGAUGUCAAUAAUUUUGGUAGUAGUUCUUCUGGUAGUAGAAAUAGUUCUGAUGCCAAUAAUUUUAGUGGUAAUUCUUCUGAUGAUGAAAAUAGUUCUAGUGCUAAUAAUUUUGGUGGUAGUUCUUCUAGUAGUAGAAAUAGUUCCAGUGCUAAUAAUUUUGGUGAUGGUUCUUCUGAUAGAAAUGGUUCUAAUGUUGAUGAUUCUAAUAUUGAUUCCGAUGAUGCUAAAAAUACAUAA